ACAAGCAACAGCCAUCUAAAUUUUCUUCAGCUUUGGCAGUUCCUUCAUUAUUAAAAGCCUUAUCCUUCAGCUACCUCAUCGCUACCAUUUGGUUGAUCAUCAAAGCGAUCAGGCAGCCAUGGCUACCAAAGCCAAAUCAAGCUCCUCGUCAUGCCUCUCCUUCCUCAAGGACGCCCUGCUCCUUCCAUCCAAGAACCCCAAGCUCUUCGUCCCUGUCUUCUUCCUGGUAACCGCUUCCCUCCUCCUUCUCCAAAUCACCAAUGUCUUCUGCAUCCAGCCGCGCACAGCCGACAUACUGCACCAGCUCGACGAGAUCAAGAACAUGGAUCCCUCAAGCUCCGAUUACGCCAAACUCAUGGCGGAGAUCAUAAAGGAAACCAGGGAGCUUGUCGUCAUCUCCAUCACGCUCCUAAUCAUCAGCUUUGCAGAAAGCUUCGCCAGACAGAUCAUUGCCUUCUUCGCCACCUCCACCACCUACGCCGGCGACCGCUACUCGCUCCCUGAGCUCUUCACCGAGGUGAUCAUGAAGGGGCGUCGCGUGAGGGGCCCUCUAAUAACCGUGGCCAUGGUGGGCGUCCUCAACGUCGCGUGCAUGCUCCUCCUCGUCGCGCUGCUGCAGCUCGCGAUGCGCCACAUGGGGGUGCUCUACAUGGCGGUCCUCUUCGUGCUCCCGUUCCUCGCGUUCCUCUACCUCAACGUCGUCUUCUUCGUCGCCGUCGCCGCGUCGGUGGCCGACGCGGACCACCGCGGCGUGAGCGCGCUCAGGCUGGCGUGGCGGUUGAUGACGAAGGUGUGGAGGAAAGAAGGCUGCGUGCUGGUCGUCGUGGUCCACUUGGUGGCGACGGUUCCGUCCCCGCUCUACGCGGUGGCGCUCGCGUGCUUGAAGAAGAGCAUGCCCAUGGGACUGGCUCUGCUCUCCGUGUACACGCUGCUGGGCGGCUUGGUGCAGCUCUUCUACUACGCCGCAGCGAUGGUGUACUACUACCAAGCCAUGGAGAGCAAGGAGAAGGAGGUGAUGGCCCAUGAUGACUACGUCAAGAUCCCGACCGGUGAAGCAACAACUGUGUGAUUGAUUGUUGAAUGGUAGGAGUAAUAAAUUUUCUGCCAGGUAAUGAAUAAUAUUUGUUCAAUAGAAAUGGAUAAUACUAUACAUGUAUGGUUUGUGCUGAGACUUGUAUGCAAAGACUACUCAUUUUGCAAAUUUUUUUAAAAAAAUCCAAAGACUAUAAUGUACAGCUUUUGUGAAAAGGGUUAGUGGCAAGUGAGCUAUGUAUAUAUAAUAA